AGUCCGGCCGCCUCACUGAGUAGCCAGGAUGGGGGUGUCAGCUGGAUCCCUGCAGUCCCUGCUGCUGGCAGCACUGCUCACAUGCACCCCUGGAGCCCUGGCUGCCAGCCCUGGCCUGGCCGCCCGGAUCACUGACAAGGGCCUGGAGUACGCGGCCAAGGAGGGGUUGGAGGCCCUGCAGAGCAAGCUGUACAAACUCAUGCUGCCUGACUUCACGGGGGACUUCAAGAUCAAAUACAUCGGCAAAGGCAACUAUGAGUUUCGCAGUCUGCAAAUCCACAGCUGUGAGCUGCGGGGUUCCUCUCUGAAACCCCUCCCUGGCCAGGGCCUGGCUUUCUCCGUCUCCAACUCCAACAUCAGGGUGCAGGGCAGAUGGAAGGCGCGCAAAUCUUUCGUGAGACUACAAGGGUCCUUUGAUUUGCAGGUCAAAGGCAUCUCCAUUUCCUUCAACCUUCUCUUGGGCAGUGAUUCUUCUGGGAGACCCACGGUCACUGCCUCCAGCUGCAGCAGCCACAUCAGGGAUGUGGAUGUGCAUGUGUCAGGAGACGUGAGCUGGCUACUGAAUCUCUUCCACAACCAGAUCGAAUCCAAGUUCCGACGAGUACUGGAGAGCAAGAUUUGUGAAUUGAUCCAGAAAUCAGUGACCUCUGACCUACAGCCUUAUCUCCAGACUCUGCCAGUCUCAGCAAAGAUUGACAGUUUCAUCAGUAUUGAUUACAGUUUAAUGGAGGCACCAAGGGCAACAUCCCAGUCACUGGACUUGAUGCUUAAGGGUGAAAUUUUUCACCGUGAUCACCACUCCCGAGUUGCUCUCCUUCCUCCAGUUAUGAACCUUCCUGAGGAACACAGCAGAAUGAUCUACUUUACCAUCUCUAAUUAUGUCUUCAACACAGCCAGCCUGGUGUAUCAAAAGGCAGGAUACCUGACCUUCUCCAUCACAGAUGACUUGAUUCCACCUGACUCUAACAUCCGAUUGACCACCAAGUCCUUCCGUUCCUUUGCCCCUCGGUUAGGCAGGCUGUACCCCAACAUGAACUUGGAGCUCCAGGGAGCAGUUGCCUCUGCCCCAUUACUGAACUUCAGCCCUGGGAAUCUGUCCUUGUCCCCCGAGAUAGAGAUUGAUGGCUUUGUGCUGUCGAACACUGGCCGGGUGCCUGUCUUCAAGCUUGGUGCGGCCACUAAUAUAUCUGCCACAUUGACCUUCAACACCAACAAGAUCACUGCAUCCCUAAAGCCAGAGCAGAUACAUGUGGAACUGAAAGAAUCUAAAGUUGGAGCAUUCAAUGUGGAGCUGUUGGAGGCAUUACUCAACUACUACAUUCUCAACAACAUUUACCCCAAGGUCAACGAGGUGUUGGCAAAUGGUUUCCCACUCCCUCUGCUAAGCCACAUUCAACUCUACGACCUUAUUCUUCAGAUCCGCAAGGAAUUCCUGUUCUUGGGUGCUAACGUCCAGUACAUGAGUGUUUGAGAGCAAGGAACAAGAAGGACUUGGCAGCCGCAGCGAGAUCAGCGAGUUGCAUUUCCAGAUGUGCAGCAUAUCACAGAUGUUGGGGGAUGAAGAUGUUCCUCCUCCGCCUGCCUUGCGCCCCUCUCCUGCUCUUCAGAACACUUGCCCACCCUCUCUGUGCCUCUGGGUUUACCUGCUCUACUGCAAUGGACCGUCCUCCCCCACUGGCCUGUGAUGUCUCUAAGGGAGGCACCAUCUUGUUCUGUUCACAUCUGACCCCCAUGCCUAGCAGAGGAUCCCCAAUAAAUUGUCGUUGAUGUUACAGUGAAGGAACCACCUGCUACUCUAGCUGAACCUCUUUCUUUACUAUACACCCUCUCCUGGCCUAAGGGGUUUGGGGAUAGGCAGACCCAUCUGUGGUCUCCAAGGCUCCAGCUGGACCACAAACCCCUUCCCCGUGGGCCAUGGAAACCUCUA